GAGAGAUAUCUAGUCUGAAGGAGGAUUGUAGCACACGAAGAUGAACCGAUAGCUGUCUUCAGCUGUGUUCGUGUUUACCACCGAGUCCCGUCCACUUAUUUAUCCAUCCAUCGCAGCUCAUCGUGCUCAACCACAUAACAGACACGUGUAGCGAGUUCCUUAUUUUGAUAAGUUCAGCGCCCCUACGCCGCAAAGAUGUCCUUCGGCUUCGGGAUCGGCGAUAUAAUCGCCUGCUCCGAGGUCGCAUGGAAGACCAUCAACGCCCUCAAGUCCGCGGGCUCAGACUUCGAGGGCCUCCGCCUCGACCUCGCCAGCCUCACAUCUGUCCUCCAGGCGCUCGAGGCCGAGGCCAAGGGCCCGAUGCCGCUGAUCAACACAGCGAGCGCGGAGCGGCAGUACCAGAUGCGCCUCCUGCUACGCAACUGCAAGGAGAGCAUGGAGGACCUGCAGGGCGUUGUCGGCAAGUACAGGGGCUGGAAUGCUGAUAAGAAGAGGGACUUUGUGGCGUGGAUGAAGUUCGCAGCCAAGGACAAGCGGGGCCCGCGGGAGAAGCUUGCUGUGCACACAGCGAGCAUCAACAUAUUCUUGACCACUUUGAGCCACGGGUCGUUGGCGAGGUUGGAGUUCCUGAUCAAGAAUGGCUCACAAGCGGCCCAGCAGACGCGCGUUCCGGAUGGCCCAAGGGACCUAGAUUUAUCUGCUUCUGAGGCGCCAUGGAGUGGGUCGCAUUCGUCUUCCAAGAGAGAAGGUGCUGUGUGGCAGAAUAUUGGCAGGUCACUACAGAGCGAGGGUAUCACCGACAAAGAUAUCCACGCCUUUCAAGAGGAGAUCAAGGCUUACGCACGCUAUCUCGUGCGUGGAGAGACCCCGUUUUGGAAAGAGCCCGUUUUGGUGUCUGGUUCCAACGAGGUACACAAGGUGGCUGAAUUACGCGAGCAAGAAGACCGGAGGCGACAGGCGGAAGAGAAGGAGCAGAUGAGGAGAAGAAUCGAAGAGAGGAGGCGAAAAGAGGACGAAUGGAAUCGAAGGCGUCAGCGUGAGGAAGCCAUCAUCAGGAUCGAGGUGGAAGAAGAACGGAAAGACCUCGGGUAUGAAAAGGUUGCAGAGGCGCGUCGUCAAGGUGUCCAAGUGAGACCUCCGGCGUCGAUAAGUGCUAGAGAGGAAGAGGAGGCCAAGAAGUCAAAGCUUAGGGAGGAGCUGAAGCAGGCCCGUCGGUCACAAUACCUCGGUGCAGCCGUAGUGGGCGAAUUGGAACCGGAAUUGGGCAAGGCAAAGAUACGCGAGGAGGAAGAGAUGAAGCGCCGCAAGGAGGGUCCAGCUGUAAUAAGGUCCAGGAUCGAUCAGGAAGACGAUGUUGUCUCCUUGGCCUACACUUUCCAAGGUCUGUUUGACUUCGAGGCAGAACCCACACAAGCAGCACCAGAAGUACCGGCUCCCGAAAAGGACUCCGUCUCUACGACUAUCCCUAUAGUCGACGAGGACAAGGAAUUUGAGCGGGAGAGGCGCACUGCGCGGGUAUAUGAGAUCCAGAAGAGGCUUGGGAAGCUUGUGGACAAGCAUGACCGCUAUAUUCAGGAAGGGAGGAGAGACAGAGUGGCAGACCUUGAGGUGAACGACAUACCCGACCAGGUCAGGCUAUUGAAACUGGAAGGGGUGGAUGUCUCUCACGAAAGGGCUUGGAAAUGGACUCAUCGAUGCAACGUUUGCCAUUUCCUUAUCCCGAACGACCACUAUCACUGUGUAAAAUGCGGAGGUGGAAAUUGGGAUGCGUGUCAGGAGUGCUGGAAUGAAGGCGCAAGGUGCAAUGGUCCUGGGCACCACAGGAUUACCUUUAAUGGUAGAAUAGUUGUCUGAGGUGAUGCCUUUAAAUUUGGAAUGAUCGUCAAACGUUUUCAUCCCAAGCACUUGAGAGAGGUGAAACU